CGCGAGACCUCCAUUGCAACCAAUUGAGAUUUACGGGCAGAGUCAUCCCUUAAUACAAGGCAUACUGUAUGGUAUCUCAGGCUUUCAGAGCAUCAUUUUAGACUACAUACCAGAUACAGCAACUUAUAUCAUCACAUCUCAUCUCACGCAAGCCAAAGAAGUUUGGAGCCUUCUCUACUAGCUCCCUCAGACUAUUCAGGGGUUGGGAGCUUGAGCCCCCUCCAGGAGAGGCGAAACCACUAGGGAGGACGACAGCUCCGUGGGUAGAGCAGCUGCUUUGUAUGCCGAAGUUCCUUCCCCAAAGGAAUCUCCAGGGCCAGGGGGCCUUCUCUGAAAGAGUUGAGAGGGCUAGGAGAGACUUCCUGCCUGAAACCCUGGAGAGCUGCUGCCGGCCAGUGCGGACAGCACUGAGCUAGACGGACCCCAGUGCUCUAACGCAGUACAGGGCAGGAGCUCCCCGUCUUCCUCUGUUCUCUGCAAUGCCGCUUUCCUCCUCGGCUCCCUCUUUGAAAGAUCAUCAGGCUGCUUGACUUCGUGAGGGUUAAAAUAAACGAAUCCAGAUUCCUAGAGAGGAAAGAGCAAGAGGAGGUGCAGUAGCCUUCAAAGAAAAUGCGGCUUCUCUCCCUCUGACAUCACUUCCUGCCUGGCUCUUCCUUGGGAGAAAGUUUGAUUCGCCGUUAAACGCCCGCAGUAGCAGCAGCAGAAGAAGCAGCAGCAGAGCUGCAGUGUCGGUGGGGCCUGGCAAGCCCCUUGUCCCUCUUGGGUGUUUGGGCGAAGGAGAGUUCCAGGACCGCUGGAGAGGGCGGAGAGGAGGGACCCCAGGUCGGGGGAGCGCGGAGGCGGCUGGAGACAGAUUGGAGCCCCGGUCGGUGAAGGCAGAGAAACGGCUGGAGGGCCCACGACAGCAAGGGAGACGCACACCCCCCUUUGGCUUCUCUCAUAGAAUAAGUGGACGUGCUCCUUCUGAACGUGGCCUCAGAAUGCUGAAAACCAUUCCCAGAAGCAGAGAAGGGAUGAGGACCCCGUGAAAGACCAAGAGAUCAAAUAUGGAACAGCAAGACCCAGCUACCCCUGAAGCAGGACUUGGCCCUGAUGCCAUCAAGACUGGGACCUGUGUGGAGGAAUUCCUGGGGGGAAAUGUGCAGAACAUCUUGGGGGAGAACCCCCUCAGCUCAGAUGUGCAGCACCAGCAGUUCCGGCGUUUCCGCUACCAAGAGGCUGAGGGCCCCCGAGAGGCUUGCAGCCGACUCCACCUUCUUUGCCGUGAGUGGCUGAAGCCAGAGCGACACACAAAGAACCAGAUCCUGGACCUGGUGAUCCUGGAGCAGUUCCUGGCUGUCCUGCCCCCAGAGAUGGAGAGCUGGGUAAGGGAAUGUGGGGCUGAGACCAGUUCCCAGGCUAUAGCCCUGGCAGAAGGUUUCCUCCUGAGCUGGGCAGAGGACAAGAAGCAGGAAGAGCAGCAGGGAAAGGGUCUCUAUGCAGAAAUAGGAACUGAUUUCCCUGAGGCACAGAGGACUCCAUCGGACCCCAGGCAGAGGCUUCUGGGGGAUGGAGUCAUGUCAGCAAGACCUACUAAAUCGUCUCCACUUUCUGGUGGAGGAGAAGCUGUUGCUAUCACCCCAGAUCAGGAUCCAGUGUCUUUGGAGGAUGUGGCUGUGAAUUUCACAGAAGAGGAGUGGGCUUUAAUGAAUCCUGACCAGAGAGCUCUACAUAGCGAAGUCAUGGGGGGGAUUUGUGGGACUCUGUCCUGUCUUGAAGAUGACAAGAGGAAAGCCAAGAGGAAGGGAGAACUAUGUGGGAAAGAGAGACGGGAAAGAAACAGAUCUGAAAAAAGGGAAGAGCAGAGAAGGAAUCCUGAAGCAGAAGAGAAAAGGAGGAAGAAAUCUUGCGCUUCUCAGGACAGUGGCUACCAUAAAACUGCCAUCCGAGAAAAAACAUAUCAAAGAAGGAGAAGAAAUAAAUAUUUUCGUUGUUUGAAAAAUCUGAAUUCUAAAAGAAAAUGUAAAGCCUACUACAAAAACCAGAAAAGGGAGAAACCAUAUCAAUGUUUGGAAUGUGAAAGGAGGUUUAGUUACAAGGCAAGUCUCAUUUUGCAUCAAAGAAUUCAUGCUGGAGAGAAACCAUAUAAGUGCUUAGAAUGUGGAAAGAGCUUCAGCAGGAAAAAACAUCUCACUUCCCAUCAAAGGAUUCACACCGGGAAGAAACCAUAUAAGUUCUUGGAAUGUGGAAAGAACUUCUGGUGGAAACACCUACUCACUGCCCACCGAAGAAUUCACACCGGGCAGAAACCAUAUGAGUGCUUAGAAUGUGGAAAGAGCUUCAGCAGGAAAAAACAUCUCACUUCCCAUCAAAGUAUUCACACCGGGAAGAAACAAUAUAAGUGCUUAGAAUGUGGAAAGAGCUUUACUUGGAAACAAGAACUCACUUUCCAUCAAAGAAUUCACGCUGGAGAGGAACCAUAUAAGUGCUUUGAAUGUGGAAAGAGCUUCAGUUGGAAAAACCAACUCACUGCCCAUCAAAGUAAUCACACUGGGGAGAAACUGUAUGAAUGCUUGGAAUGUGGAAAGAGCUUCAGCUGGGAAAACAAACUCACUGCCCACCAAAAAAUUCACACCGGGCAGAAACCAUAUGAGUGCCUAGAAUGUGGAAAAAGCUUCCAUCAGAAGACACAUCUGACUUCCCAUCAAAGAAUUCACACUGGAGAGAAACCAUAUAAGUGCUUAGAAUGUGGAAAGAGCUUCCACCAGAAGACAAAUCUGACUUCCCAUCAAAGAAUUCACACUGGAGAGGAACCAUAUAAGUGCUUAGAAUGUGGAAAGAGCUUCAGAAGGAAACAAGCACUCACUUCCCAUCAAAGAAUUCACACUGGGGAGAAACCGUAUAAAUGCUUAGAAUGUGGAAAGAGCUUCCAUCAGAAGACAAAUCUGACUUCCCAUCAAAGUAUUCACACUGGGGAGAAACCGUAUAAAUGCUUAGAAUGUGGAAAGAGCUUCAGUUGGAAACAGCAACUCACUGCCCAUCAAAGAAUUCACACUGGGGAGAAACCGUAUAAAUGCUUAGAAUGUGGAAAGAGCUUCCGUCAGAAGACACAUCUGACUUCCCAUCAAAGAAUUCACACUGGAGAGAAACCAUAUCAGUGCUUAGAAUGUGGAAAGAGCUUUACUUGGAAACAAGCACUCACUUCCCAUCAAAGAAUUCACACUGGGGAGAAACCACAUAAAUGCUUAGAAUGUGGAAAGAGCUUCAGCCAGAAGACAAAUCUGACUUCCCAUCAAAGAAUUCACACUGGAGAGGAACCAUAUAAGUGCUUAGAAUGUGGAAAGAGCUUCAGUUGGAAAAACCAACUCACUGCCCAUCAGAGUAAUCACACUGGGGAGAAACUGUAUAAAUGCUUAGAAUGUGGAAAGAGCUUCAGCUGGAAAGAGCAACUCGCUGCCCAUCAAAGUAUUCAUACUGGGGAGAAACCGUAUAAAUGCUUAGAAUGUGGAAAGAGCUUCAGUUGGAAACAGCAACUCACUGCCCAUCAAAGUAUUCAUACUGGGGAGAACCCAUAUAAAUGCUUAGAAUGUGGAAAGAGCUUCAGCUGGAAAGAGCAACUCGCUGCCCAUCAAAGUAUUCACACUGGGGAGAAACCGUAUAAAUGCUUAGAAUGUGGAAAGAGCUUCAGUUGGAAACAGCAACUCACUGCCCAUCAAAGAAUUCACACUGGGGAGAAACCGUAUAAAUGCUUAGAAUGUGGAAAGAGCUUCCGUCAGAAGAAAAAUCUGACUUCCCAUCAAAGAAUUCACACUGGAGAGAAACCAUAUAAGUGCUUAGAAUGUGGAAAGAGCUUCCAUCAGAAGAUAAAUCUGACUUCCCAUCAAAGAAUUCACACUGGAGAGGAACCAUAUAAGUGCUUAGAAUGUGGAAAGAGCUUCCAUCAGAAGACACAUCUGACUUCCCAUCAAAGUAUUCACACUGGAGAGAAACCGUAUAAAUGCUUAGAAUGUGGAAAGAGCUUCCGUGAGAAGAAAAAUCUGACUUCCCAUCAAAGAAUUCACACUGGGGAGAACACAUAUAAGUGCUUAGAAUGUGGAAAGAGCUUCAGUUGGAAACAGCAACUCAUUGCCCAUCAAAGUAUUCACACUGGGGAGAAGCCAUAUAAAUGCCUGGAAUGUGGAAAGGGCUUCACUAGAAAUUCCUCUCUCACUUUGCAUCAAAGAAUUCACAAAGGGGAGAAACCAUAGAACUGCUUGGAAUGUGGAAAGAGCUUCACAAGUAGCACAAGUCUAUUGUCUAUUGUCAUGUUCACCGCCCAGAGAGCUAUUGCUAGUCGGGCGGUAUAUAAAUUUAAUAAAUAAAUAAAUAAAAUAAAUUUCAGAAAUGGGGAGACCAUAUUAUGAGUGUAGAACGGGGUUGCCGACCUGUUGCCUGUGUUUUGGAGGCCUGUGGAGACCUUCACUAGCAUCCCCCAAUGCCCCUGCACUCUGGGAUGUUAGAAUAGAGAUCCGGCCUUCCUCUGUGUGAUCCUGGCCCCCCUCCCCUUUUCAGACGACACUGUCCUCACCCAGAACCUAUCUGCCCUUUCUUUGUAGAGUGAAUUUGGAUUUUCCCAAAAUAAAAAUACAAAUGCAAUCCACUGCUCCCUGGUUUUGUCCAGGCCUGAGUUUGUCAUGUCCAUUAAUUUUUAUGGAUCCACUCUGAGGUGAAAGUUGGGUGCAACCCACAUACUAUUUUUUGACCCUUUUCUGCACACCUGUGUUAUUUGCCCCGCCUCAGUCAGCUU